UCUAAGAACUAUUGAUGCAGACAAUGUAGUGGUCCGACGCAAGAACAGCGCCAACAGCAACUCAUCCCCUCAAGCAAAAAGCCAAAUCAAUCCUGCGCGCUUAAUCAGCUCAGCAUGCAGCUGCCAGAGCCAUGAGAUCACUACUAAGUCAGUUAUUGCCGUGACAUUGUGGCGGUGUUCGUGCCAGCAGAGCUUCCUGUUUUCCGACAGACCUCGGGGCGAGCAGCAAGAGACGGAGAGCCUCCAUCUGGCUAUGACGGGCAAGAUUAACCCCGGCUGUUGCAUGGAAUGAUUUUGGGGCAGUUGCCCUUGCUUUUUCUUCUUUCAUUCUCUUCUUUCUUUCUCUUCUUUGCAUUCCUCUUUACUGCUACCUUCAUUUCAUCUCCCUUCAUUACAUUACCUUUCCCCCUUGCAACCUUUUUGUCUCUACACCAUAUUACCCUCACUUGACUUCCUUCACGCGACCGCAUCAUGAUCUGGGGAAAACAAGAAGACAAAGCGCCCGAGGUGGUACAACAGCCCAUUCCGCGCGAGAAGCUGCCGGAUCAGCUUCAGAAGCUCGUGGAUCACGAUGAUGGCUUUUACGACGACAUUUAUUCCUCCUA